AUGUCUGUAGUCACCGACAAGGGGAUCGACGCACUCAUCCACUUCCUCAGUGGUCUCGGAUGCUCCGUUCCUAUUGAUACCGGCUUGCGAAGACCUUCAGCCCAUUCACCCUCUACCAUUGCUGGAGAACUGUUCAACGAUUCGGAAAGCCACGCCAGUCUCGCUGGCACAGCUAAUCCCGAACCUGUGCACUAUGACGACAAGGAUCAGUGUUUCAUUCGCGAUGUUGUCCAGAUGCUGUUGUCCGCAACUGCGCACUCUCGCAGGACCUUCAUGCUCUUUUGUGUUCACGAAGUGUUCACCAGUGUUGCUGGUGUACCGGAUCCUGUGUUGCUUGGGACGGCUCAGUCUGGUCGAUUGAUCUGUGGUCAUCUAUCAGCGAAAGCUACUCAAUCCUAUCCCAAAUCGGGUUGA